UGGUGCUGGUAGCUGAAGGUGGGCUCAGAUACUCCACACACAGCCUCGCCUGACAGACUGAAGAUCCAGCAGAUCCGCGCACAUCGCUGUCCUGCCCGCGGAGGAUGAGUUAGAGCCCGGGAGAAGCUGAUACACAGAUCCAGCAGAGCGGAGGAGUGAUGGGGUCUCGGGCAGACUGAGGGUCCUGUGGGCAGCGGGUGGGCUGGUGUGGGAGUUCAGGGUAAAACCUGUCACACAGCAGCUCUGAGAAAAUGGGAGAGAAGCUGAGAGCUGGGAGAGCUGGUGCACAGGGAGAGAAAACCAGGAUCUGGAUAUAAAAACAGUUUCUGCUGAUCAAGGUUUCCCCAAAUUUCCGCCAUGCUACGCUGGCAGACGUUGGACUUGGCCCACCACUGCCUCGCUGGGCUUCUCCUCUUACUCCCUAUAUCCUUCUGUCUGACAGUGAAAGCACCCUCCCACCUCUCCCAGCAUCCGCACAUUCCUUCCCUGGUGCCUCACGCUCCCUUGCCCCUGUCCCGCUCCCAUUUCAGCGCAAAAGCCCAGCUAGACUUCACCACCCACUGCAACACCAGCUGCUUCCACAGAGGGGAGGACGUCGACAAAGAACACCUGACUGAGCAGCUCGCCUUUGAGACGCUCUACGCAGACGGCUCCCGUACGCUCACCACUGUUGACCUAGACAAUGAUGAUGUUGAUAAUGUUAAUGAUGAUGAGGACAUUGCUAAUUAUAUUGUACCCACACCGUCCAUCAGAAAGAGCCACAAAUCACCGCCUUCAUUUCACAAGAGGAUGCGGCGGCAGAUAUAUGGUGCAGAUGGACGGUUCAACAUCCGUGGCGACCACUUUCUCCUGGACUAUCCCUUCUCCACAGCUGUGCGCAUCUCGACUGGCUGCACCGGGGUUCUGGUGUCCCAGCAGCAUGUUCUGACUGCUGCCCACUGCGUACAUGAUGGGAAAGAUUAUGUCAAAGGGGCACGCAAGCUUAGGGUGGGCUUCCUGAUCCCACCUUCUGUUAAUGUUAACGGCACAAGGCAAGGUCAGGCCCCUUCGAAGAAGCCCUUGGUGCGAUGGGUGAGGGUCAAACGGACACGGGUGCCUAAAGGCUGGAUCCAGGGACCUCAGGAUGUCAGCAUGGAUUUUGACUAUGCCCUCCUGGAGCUGCGCUGGCCCCACCGACGGCCCUUUAUGCGAUUAGCCGUGGCCCCUUCUUCUGAUGAUCUGGCUGGGAAGCGCAUCCACUUCUCUGGGUUUGAUAGUGACCGUCCUGGAGAGCUUGUGUACCGGUUCUGCCCUGUGGAGGACGAGUCCAACGACUUGAUCUACCAGCACUGUGACGCCCGGCCCGGGGCCAGUGGAUCCGGAGUGUACGGCCGAGUGUGGGACGACGCCCUGGAACGCUGGGAACGCAAAGUGAUUGGCAUCUUCUCUGGACACCAGUGGCUGGAGAUCAAUGGCGAGAACCGUGACUACAAUGUGGCUGUGCGCUUUACUCCGCUGAAGUUUGCACAGAUCUGUUACUGGGUGCAUGGCAACAGAGCAGACUGCAGCCAGGACUGACCUUGAUGAACUUAAAUAUUUAUAUAUUGGAAAAUGGCAAAAUAACUGGAAGAUGAUAGAAAAACAGACUCAUGAACCUGCACUUUAUGCUCAAUCCUUUUUUUUAUUUUAAAGCAAGGCAACUAAAAAACUCUAAGAAAGACCUUGGCAAAAAGUUAUAUAUAUAAACUACAAGAUUCUGGACUUGAUCAUCAAAGCAUUAUUUAAUCCAAAUUGGAUCCGGCCUCAGUACCUUUGUCUUUGAUAUGGACCAUUAUUUAAUCUUUUAAAUAAGUAAAAAUAAAAACCACUCCUUUGUCUUGCAUUGUAAAAUAUAAAAUAAAUAUCCACCCCUUGCACCAUUUGACCAAUACAGGUCUAGAUUUGUGCAUCCGUUUCCUGCCAAUUCAAUACCUAUAAAACAGAACAUUCCGAUGACAUGCUUUCUUUGUGUUGUGAUUUUAUCGCAUUUCCCAGAAAAAACACUUUAAUAGCCUGGCUGUGGAUUUAUCUUUUAGACUGUGAUGCUUAGCCUACAUGUGCGAGAUGGAUGAUAUUGUAUUAUAUUUGUCAGAUAUAUUAACCUGUUCCUAAUAUAAUGGUGUUUUUAAUUAUUUUUAUCAGUUGGGGAGAAAUACAUUGAUAAUUUUUUUUUAACAUACUACUGCUUCUUACAAUAAUAAUAAUAUAUAAUAGGCCGGUGAGUUGCUGAGUUGUUUAAAAAAAAAAAAAAGAGCCAGUUAAUGAUGUGUUGUCACAUAUAUUCUGUGGUUUAUUUCAGGGUGUAAAAACUAGAUAACUGUGAUAGAUAAAGAAAAAAAUAAAUCAAAGCAAAUCCUCUGGCAAAUCAUAGAGACUUUUUCACAGCUAUCAAGUGUAGUGACUGCUAGAUCAGAUACCAGUUACCAAACAGGAAGAGGGAUAAAUUGAUGUUGAAUAUAUUUCUAUUUUUGUUGAAAAUGCUUCUAUUUUAAUAAACAAAAAGAUGUCUA